CCAAGGGUACCAAAGAUACCAAAGAAAAAUAGGGUGAAUUCUAAACAAGACAUGUUUUUACUCAACACGAGCCAAGUACGAUAGCAUUUAUAACAAAAUAUCAUGUCAGAAACUACCUUAGAGAUCUAUUUAAAAGCUAAGAAUAUCCAUUUCAAAACAAGAAUUUCUCAAAUCUAUAACUGAGCCGUUUCCUCAAAGAUUCAGUUAGAUGCUUCGGACCCCGAGAAGUUAGGAAUCAAAGAUAUUGGCUGCAAGAAAUAAGCACGAGAGCUUGAAAGGAGAAUUCGAAGACCUUCUAGAACAAGCCCAGAAAAUCAUCAAAAUUACUGAUGACCAAAAAACGAUUCAUGCUGACCACUCAGACAAAGAUAAAGAUAAACAAAGGGUCAUAGGCACGAUUGAGGAGAACAUACAUCAAGAAUCUAAAGAUAUUGACUCACAAGUGUACUUUUCUCUUCUUGAGAGAUUAUGUAGAGGGAUAUUCAAGCAAAACUCUACUGUUCAUUUGGACCUCUAGAUCUAAGCGAUAAAAAAUAUGUCACCUUUCUGAAGAGUAUGAGACCUUUGCCUUUUCCCUAUUUAAAGAGAAUAACAGUGACCAAUGUAAGCCCCAAAAACCUGCCUGCAUUCAGAAAUCUUAUUCAAAGUUUAUCCUGGGGAACAGUGCAAGCAUUAAAUCUAAAGUUAUUUAAUGAUGAAUUAAUCAAUCAGAGGAAAUUUCUCCAUAGCGUUCUGAAUGUCUGCUCUAAGGUAAACUCUGAAGUGUCCUUUGAGUACACAGUUAUAAGCCCAACUUCAUUGAUGAAGCUUUUAUCUGUGUGUAGGAAUACAGGGGAAUUAUAUUUUAGCAAUUGCAACAUUUAUAUUCCAAAAGUGCCAGACUUCCGCUAUUCUUUGGAUGGAAGUACAAUCUCAAAACUGGCGUUUGUGGCUUGAAGAAUAAAUGGGUGGAAAAUGACAAGAACAUCUUUGGAUGACUUCUCAAGAUUGUUAGAAGGACUCCCGAAGUCACUAGAUUUCAGAGAAACUUUGAAAGAAUUUGAUGGACGUAGUUCUUUUGUUAGUUGGAAGAUGGUGGAGAGAAUAUUGAGAGAGCAUGGAUUUGAUAAGACUAAUGUUGUAAAAGAUUAG